AUUGAGUGCAUCUACAGGGAGCCGGCAGAGAGUGAUCUCAGACAAAGGUUCGAGGCAAUGCAAGAAUCGCACCCUGCCGUUGCUGUAUACCGUGCCAUACAAACUCGACCAGAAUCCGAAGCCUUCGAGAUCUUCCGGCUUAUACGGGCCGGUGCUGACCCGGAAACUAUCAUGCGUCAACUUACAACGGCUGAUCUUCUUCUCCAGGUCCAUCUGGUACCAGAGUCGAGAUAUCGAUAUCAGUUCCCCUACUCAUCACAAAUGCCCGCGUACUUGCAGUCGCCCAACAAUGAGUUCGUGAAGUCCAUGGUAUACGAGUGGAAUGCGGGCGAUAACCCCCGGCCCUCGCAACCGCUAUCUUCCAACGACGAGAAGUUCAAGGCGCAUUAUCUAAAGCCCUUCCAUGCAGCUACCGUCGUCGAUACUAGAUUGGCCGAGAUCGUACCUUCGAGAUACACUACCGUCCACGCUGAUGAUGGUCUGAUGAGGACGCUGUUGCAUGCCUACUUUCUUCAAGAAUACGACUGGUUCACCUUUUUCCAGAAGGAUUACUUCUUGGACGAUAUGAUAGCUGGUACCGGCACCUUUUGUUCUCCGCUCCUUGUCAAUGCUGUUCUCGCGGUUGGAUGUCACUGUCAUACUACCCUUCCUCAUCGGACCGAACCUUGGAAUCCUGAUUCUCUCGGUUAUCAGUUUCUCGCCGAAGCCAAGAGGCUUUGGGAAGCCGAAAUGCCACAAGAAAGGACUUUGACGACUCUACAGGCUGGUCUUGUUAUGAACUCGAUCUUCACCACAUGCGGUAUGGACAGACUGGCUUUAGCAUACCUAGUCCAGGCUACCACUAUUGCAAACGACUUGGGUCUGUUAGAUGCUUCGACCAAUGUGGAGGAUCCAAGAUUACGACACUCUUAUAACUUUACAACCUGGUCUCUCUUUCACUGGCAAUGUAUACUCAGUUACCAGUUCAGGACAAUACCACUGUUGGCAAGGCCACCAAAGACUGCCAUGCCAGAUCCUUCGCAUGACCCCGAAUGGUACGGCGAGAUUUGGCUUAAGUAUCCCUCGACCGAGGUUCUAGUGCCACUGCAGUACCGUUAUGUUUUUAAGGCCAAGAGCGAUUUCAGCGUCAUUCUUAACGGCGCGAUAGGCAAAGCUUACGGAACCGACGACAAGGACGACCUAGUUCAACGCGGAGCGAAGCAAGUCAAAGACAUAUUAAGAGAUCUGAAAGCCUGGCAUAAUACCUUACCAGACCUCCUCGCGCCAUCAAACGUUGUCUUUCCAUCGCAGCUCAAGAUCCACCUCCACUAUUACCAUGUUCUCGUCCAGUUCUACGAGCUUUUGGCCGCAGAACAAGGCGUCGGUUCUCCAUCACUUCCUCUCGAGACAGACCACCUCCAGAACACCCUAGCCGAAUGCAGAGCCUUUUUCGAAACAAUUCUGCGGAUAUACUAUCUCCGCCACGGCUUCGAGCAUGGGAACUUGAUGCUGACCCAGUACCUCGCCAAGCUUGCUUGCAUGGCUCUCGGCAAGCUAAAGGAACUCUCCAUCUCCAACUCGUCAUCAUCCCCUAUGGAUGUAGGAGACUCAGAUCCCAGAGCUGCCAAGUCUACGUUACUCAUCGCGCAAAAGGGCCUCAGCGAUCAGGGUAAAAGCUACUUCUUCCCGCAAACCAUGUCCAACAUCGUCCUCGGCCGCAUAUCAACCGAAGACCCGUACCUACUUCAGGGCGAUACCAGCGUUGAGCAGGAGACUGAGGGUGAGGCGAAAAUGCGCGAGGAGCAGCUCGAGGGUCAAUGUCCGCUGGAUGUACGGGAUAUCUCAAAGAACCCGGAUCGCCAUCAAUCGGAGAAUUGGAUACGACAGUAUGCAAAGUUGACACUUGACGAGAUAUCCCAUAACACAUUUCUUGAAAAGAUCCCCGCAGAGAAGGGUUGA